GUUACGUAUAUAAGAAAGGAAACAAUACCUUGCAGUGUCAGACUAAGUGGUGUUCUAGUUCAAUGAACAAUGGGAAUAAUUUUACUGUUCGUAACGAUCGGCGUCUGUUCAGGAUUGCCAGCUAAGAGCUAUCGUGGAACGCACGGUCAUCCUACACCGCCUGAUCCACGGUUUGAUGGAGUUUUCAACAAUGAACAUAAUCACGAGGAAAUUGCGAAUAAUAUAAAAUCUUGGAGUCCAAAUGAUCCGCAGAAUGUUUGGGAACUAAGUGGUUUACAUGAAGGCGAUAUAAUGAUUCAUCCGGAUAGUCCAUCAUGGAAAAAUGGUCUUCUGGACGCUACAGCACGGUGGCAUGGUGGUAUUGUGCCGUAUUUUAUACAGGAAGAUGAUUUUGAUCGAGAUCAAAUUGAACUGAUCAAAGAAGCCAUGGGAGAGUAUCAUGAAAAAACCUGCUUACGUUUUCGACCUUACAAAGAUUCUGACGAAGAUUACGUGACAAUACAAGCGAAAAAAUCAGGAUGUUGGUCUUUGGUAGGUCGUCAUGGUCAUGGACAAGUGUUGAAUCUACAGAAUCCAGGAUGCGUUCAUCACGGCGUAGUGGUGCACGAACUCAUGCAUGCCUUGGGCUUUUACCAUCAGCAGAGUGCUGCAGAUCGAGACGAAUGGGUUACUAUACAUUGGGAGAACAUCAAAUUGGGUAAGGAGCAUAACUUCAACAAAUAUGACAAUCGCACUGUCACUGAUUAUGGUAUCAGCUAUGAUUACAAGAGCGUUAUGCAUUACAGUUCCCACGCAUUUUCCAGAAAUGGAGAACCAACUAUUACGCCAAAGAAAGAGAAGGUAAAACUUGGUCAACGGGACGGACUCAGCGAAAAGGAUGUAGCCAAAGUACAAGCAAUGUACAAAGAAGAAUGUGGCGAUCGUGAACCGGAAGGAAAUGGAAGCAAUUCUUUCGAGUCGUCUCAAGAGACUUCUAUAGAAUGGAUAUUUGAUUAAAUGUACAUCCACAA